AUGCAUUUCUCUACACUCUUCGCUGCUAGCGCCCUCGUCGGUUCCGCGCUCGCAGUAGACCACAAGGUUGCCGUUGGAACCAAGACCGGCGAGCUACUCUUCAAGCCUGACACCAUCACCGCGGCCGAGGGUGACACAGUCACUUUCCGUUUCUGGCCUAAGAACCACUCCAUCGCUCAGGCAGCCUUCAACUCGCCAUGCACACCCUUGAACAACGGCUUCUGGUCAGGCUUCGUGCCCACCACCGACACACAGAACGUAGCAAACUGGACCUUCACAUAUGAGGUGACAAACGCCUCAGCACCCAUCUGGUUCUAUUGUACACAAGGCAAGCACUGCCAGAACGGCAUGGUUGGUGUGAUCAACCCACCUGCUACCGGCGCAAGGACUCUGGCUGCCUUCAAGAAUGCAUCUGCUGAAGCCGACAACAACGUAUCGCCUACCGUCAAGGCUGGCACUGGUGGCAACCUUACAGAGAACACAACCUCGACCUUACCUUCAGGAACUGCAUCAGGCACACCAGCAUCUUCGACUGGUGCGGCUUCGCAUCUGUCCGGCAGUUUGACCUUUGCGGGUCUU